CUUCACAAAAGCGAUCGAGCGUUUAAAACGUCGCGAGACACCUCUCGCGACGGCGAUGGCACCAUGAUUCACCCGGUCGAUCGCGCGCGCGAACGCGUGUCAUGGAUUCAGCGCUGCGAAGUCACACUGGUCGUCCUGGACGCGCGGGACUAUUUCUCCUCGUCCUCGCGCUCGCGCUCGCGAGCGUCUGCCUCACGUGGCGAGGCGAAACUCGUCUUCUCGCCUCGAUAACGGCGCGCGUGCGAUUUGAUGACACGUCGUCGCAUAUCGUCAACCCACGGGUCGAGGCGAGGUCGACGUCGACGACCUCGGUCGGUGAAGAGCGCGAGAGAGAGAGCACUGACAACUCUUCUCACAGCUCAAAGACAGCGUCGUUUAGCGUUGACGGCGCGAUGGGAACGCACCGCCGAGCGUCAAAGCUACGCUGCGAGAGAACUUUUGCGGUCAACGGCAAAGCGCAGUUUUCUUGUUACGUGAAGCACGCCUGCGUGUCGUUUCCGAGACAGUCCGCGUACGGCGCGACUCCUCUGGACCCGCCAUACGUCGCGAAGGUGACAUUGUUUGGAGACGAAGAAUUGCUCACGCAAGCGGGGCUCGAGCGAGGAGUUGUGUACGCGGUGGAUCCGGUUCAGUCGACGAGCGGUGACUACUCCGCUGGUGUGUCGUACGGCGUCGUACGCGUGGAUGCGGCGAUGCCCAAUGACAUUCAGUACGCAACCACACUCUCUCACGUCGACGCGAACGGCAAGAAUCGAGAAUGGCCGAUUGAACUCAAAGGAUUUUUCACGUUGGCGUCCUAUUUUGCCGCUGGAAACUGGGGGCAUAUGCUUGCAGACAACUUUUUUGGGAUUUGGACGCGUCUUCGUUUCUUGUCACAAAACCUUGACGAUGCACCUUCGUCGUAUUCAACACAUUGGAAUAGCGCGAGCACGAAGCGCACCGCUCUAGUGAUGAGGAAUUGUACGACGGCCCACCCGGUGAAUUUACCCCACACCGCGCACCUAGCGGUCCCCGCGUGCGAAAGACACGUCGAGGUUCUCUCGCGGGCUUUAGGCGUAGAGUUGCGAGCGCUCGCCCAAGGAGAGACGACGUGUUACGAACAUCUCGUCAUUGGAUCUCCAGACCACUUGGCACGCAUAUUACAUGCGAACGCCUCGGACGUCGAAGGGUACAGAGAUCACAUCAUUCGCAACAUCGGGCGCGACCCCGAACGUAAGGCUUCGAAGAACGCGACUGUGUUCGUCACAAAGCGACGGGAAGAUUCGUACUCUUUUUACGACUUUGACAAUCAAGAGGAAGUGCUCGGUAUGCUGCGAUCGACUCGCGGCGCCGAAAAUGUCAAGCACUACGUCAUUACGCCUGACACCACUUUGGAAGAACAAAUCGACGUAUUUCUCAACGCGUCAACUCUUGUCUGCCCGGGUGGCGGCGUAGGCUUUUCGUCCUUUUUCCUCGCGAAAGAUUCGCACUUGAUCAUCUGGCCGUAUCCCGGCGGCGGGCACGAAGAGAAACAAUUCACGAUAUCCGCGAAAUGGCUCAGAAAGGUUGAUAUAUGGGUGCCUCAAACAGAUCCCGUCCAGAAUCUCGAUCCGGCGGGACCUUUACCGCACUUUGUCUACAAGUCAAAGUACCCCACCGCGGAAAUCAAAAGACUUCUCGACGAGGGUGGACGCCGAUAAAAUCGUAUCGACAACGAACAAAAUAGCGAACAAAAUAGCUUGCGAGUAGUUACAAGUAGUAU